AUGAACAAAAAUUUUUUGCCCAUAAAAGAAACGAACAUUGAAAAAGGCGCCAUCGAUAUAUUUAAGCAAAAAAUCGAAAGAAAAAAACAAAACUACCUAAGGUUCAAUUUUACAAAAAGUUACGAAAAUAGGAAGAGUGAAGAGAAACGCAACGAUGAAGAGAACGACAGUGCAAUCUUCCCGAACGAUAGUGCAGUCUGCCCGAACGACGACGAAGUCUGCGAAAAGAACAAAAAGGUGAUACUCAUACAGACAUGCGACACACACGAUAAGUACAUUCUCAAUUUGCACGAUGAGGAAAGUCAGAGCUGCGAAAAAGACACCCAUGCGGAAGAAGAAAAAGAAAAAGAGGAAGAAAAAAAUUAUAACUCCCUUGAUAAAAAAGCGCAACAAAAAAAUGAACAAAAAAAUGAACAAAAAAAUGCACACAAAAAAGAGGACAACAUUUACAUCCCAUUAAAAAUUUUGUCCAACAAAUAUGACUACAGCGAUAUCGUCCAGGCGACGAACAAUUUUGCAGAGGAAAAUAAAAUUGCCAAAGGAGGAAAUGGCGUUGUUUACAAAGGAAUGCUAAAAAGUUGCAUAAGUGUAGCCAUAAAAGUGUUGAAUAAAAAUGAAAACAACGGUUUCGAAAAUGAAAUAAUUAUUAUGAGCAGAUACAGACAUAAAAAUAUUUUAUCCCUCCUUGGGUAUGCUGUAAAUACAAAUUAUUUUUACCUAAUAUAUGAAUAUGUUCAUUUGGGAGAUUUACGAACCCUUCUAUUUAACCAUUACUAUUUUUAUAGUGUGAGAGAUAGAGAAAAUGCGGAGGGACAUGUGGCUUGGAAUGGGAAACAGGGUAACGCAGAAUUUUCUCCAAUGAAAAAAAUAUCCCCGUAUGGAAAUAAUCACCUAUUAAUGAACAAACAGGGUGACCUUAUUAGAAAUGGGAUGAAUAAUUUGAGAUUUUCUCUCCUUGCGCAUGAUCAUCUGGAGAGUACCCAGCACAUGCCUUUCUUCCUGUCCUUCAGUGUUAGACUGAACAUUCUCAUUCAGAUAAUAAACGUGCUGUGCUAUCUGCACACCUCCUCGCCAAUCGUUUAUCACAGGGAUUUGAAGUCGGCCAACAUUUUGGUGGACGAGAAGUUCAACGCCAAGCUGGGCGACUUUGGCCUUUCCUUCGUCUACAAGAAUAACAACAAUGUGUUUAACCUCACGGGAGGCACCCCCGGGUACGCCGACCCGUACUACAUAUCCACGCACGAAAUAAACGAGCAGACAGAAAUAUACUCCUUCGGGGCGCUGAUCCUGGAAAUGUUGGUAUCCAAAUCACCGGCGGUCCACGUAGGGAAGAACUACAACUGCAUUUACAACACAAAUGAUAAGUGCCCCAUUCUCUGCCACAGGAAGAAAAGCGAAAAUGAAGACAACGUGUUUGACUACCUAGUCAAUCACAUAAAUAUGAACGACUACAAGUCAAUCUAUGCCAUUCUAGACCACAGUGUCCACUUCCCUGAUUUCCUUGUUGAAAAAUUAACAAAACUCUCCUUCCUAUGCUUAAACCCAAACAUAAAAAAUAGGCCGUCUUCCAAGUUGGUUAACCUAAUCUUACUGGAAAUAAAAAAGGAGAGCGAUUUCUACAUAAAACAACAGAACGAAUUGGUGCAGAAAAAAAUAAGUUGCGCUGGUAUCAGGUUGGACGAUUAUCACAAAGGGGGAGACUGCAUCAAAGUUGGGAUGCAAAGUGAUGGGAGUGAAAAGAAGCAGAAGGGCAACGAACCAAACCGUGACAGCUAUGCGAUUAGGCAGGAAAAAAUAAACUACGACAUAAAUUACGACAUAAAGGACGACAUAAAAUAUGACAACGUCAAAGAAAUGUUUUUCAAAUUUAUGUGCGCUGUGUUUGGGGGUGGCAAAGUCGACCAGCUAGACCAAGGGGGGGACAUCCUUACGAACGAAAAACAUGUAGACAAGAAAUUACGCGUUGAUUUGAGCAUAGAAUUUUAUACCAACCUUUUUAAGGGCUUCAUUGAUGCAUGUGCAGGGAGGAGUCGAAAUAUACAUGUGACUAAUGACCAGGAGAGAAAGGAAGAGGAACACAUCCACAGCUUAUCAUUCAAGUGCAACACCGUUGGUAACUUAACUCAAAUGAAAAACUUCUUUCUAGAUAAACUACACAAAGAUAUAUUUUUUAAAAAUAAUGUCUUCAAUUCUUUUUCACUUAAUCUAAUGAACUGCCACUUUGCGAAGUUCAUUCGUGACUACUUGCAAAAUUAUCGCAGCGCACUAGGAUUGGAGAGCCCAUCCAUGGGGAACGUUGCGGUUGGGAAGGGGUCCCCCAUUGGGGGAGAUACCAAGGACCCACAGGGAACCACUACCAACCAGUUCCAACUGGGAAUUUGCGCCAAUCAGAACCGCUUCGGACGCACCGCCCCCCCGUGUAAUGCAAACGAGUCUAGCCAGCAGAACAGAGUGUUGAACUGCAGACUGAGGAGGAUAGGGGCCGACAAGGACGUGCAGAGCCCCUUCAACAUUAAGGGACAAGUCCAGGUGACUCCUCUGAGGGGUAAACCCACCGAGGGGGAUGGCAAAAUUUGCAGAAUAAGGAAUAAAAACGCGAAUGAAGACAGCACAUUUUUGAAGCAAGGGGGGGAACCCCCCGGGCAGACGCAAAAUAGAAAGCAUGACUUCCGUCCCCCUGCUUGCAUAGACCUAAUGAAGAAUGAUUAUCUCGGAGGAGACCCCUUCCAACGAAAUAGUCACGAUCCAGGGGGAGACCCCACGCAAAGAAACAAGCCCUCCAUCGCUAUGCACAGAAAUAAUGGAAAAAGCAAACAUAGCCAUGUGGACAAUAUAAAUGCAGUUAGUCAUAGUACCUAUCAGAACCAGGGACCUCCAGACAACGUGCACCAAAAUCAACAAAACGUCACAGAUUAUGAAAAGGGAAAUAACUGUCGUGACGCUAAUAACCCUUUGAUAGGGAGAAAUUCUCAGGGGCUAUGCAAAAACGGCACCUUUGGACAAGCGCAGCAAAGUGCACAGAAUGGCAUAGCCAAUUGCGAGGAUGUGUUGAGCUUAUACAGUUCACCCGUCUUGCAAAAUGAGAAGAACAUGCAACAGAACAUGAGUGCGAAUAAGUGGCCUUUAAAAAGGAACUGCAGAGAAAACCCUUCCAAGAUCGACUUCACCAUUGCUCAGAAGGAACAGGGGAUGAAUGACAAGAAGAAAGUGAUGCGCAUGAACGUCACUUUGGAGGAGGGGAAAGCGGUUGGGAACUUUGGCACCCGUAGAGGGGGACCCAGACGGGGGUGUACAUUGGUAAGUGGUGUGACUAUCGGAAGGGGAUACCACAGAGGAAGUAACCGAGAUAGUCUACGCGACGACGGAGGCACGCUCCAGAGGAGGGGACCACGAGAGAACAACGUCGUUCACAUUUCUAACUUUGCAAAUUAUCUAAACUUCGACCGAAACAGAAGUGGAGUAGACUCCAAAGCAUUCGAGUGGUUCCACAAAAAUGUGUUCGAACUGGUAAUCGAAGAAAACAAAGUAAUCUCAGAGGUAACUUUCCUAGACAUUCUAUACGAAUUUAACAUUUUUUCAUUCAAGAAAAAUAAUAUUCUUUCAAAUUAUGCGUCAUUGUAUGGGUUCCCCCUGGGGUGGGACACAACUGAGUCCUCAUCCCCAGGUAAAUACUCGCUCAGUGGGAAGUGGUCAAACAAUGGAAACGUAGAAAAUAAUUUCAUUACGGAUAAUUUAACAAACGAAUUUUUCUUCGAAAUAGCUGUUCACCACGAUCUUGUGAAGAAGACGCACACAGUUUUUCUCCUAAAAUCGAACCGAUCCAAACAUCAAAUAUGUGACGACAGCGAAAUUGUUUUUAAAAAAACGUGGGUGUCAGAUUAUGUUGGAAGAAAAAACGACUUUGUUGAAAAAAUUUUAAAAAAAAUCCAUUUCGAACAUGUGCAAAUGAAAAAGUUAAGAAGACCCACCUUUUGUAGCGAUGUCAGUGGAAUGGGGAAGAGGGAAGGCUUCUCCUACUACUUGUUCGAAUACAACCUUCGAGUCGCUUGCAACAGUGAUAACUGCAUUUUUUCCAACAACUACAUUUUGUAUAAAAAUAACGUCUACUCCUAUACCCUCCCGUGUAACACCCUCUCCCUGCUAGUCUUUUCGGAGAACCAAAUAAUGAAGGGAGAGGGUUCUCCGGGCAAGCACUCGCCCGUCACCAGGCAGGUUGUGCACUUCCCCCUCUACCCCUUCUUCGUUAAUAUUAACUUUUACAGUGAGCGCUAG